GGAGGGGGAGACUUGGUCCAGAAGGAGGGAGGGGGCAGCAGCAGCUCAGCCUCACUCACUGGUCGUGUCACACACACACAUGCAGCAGCCACCAGCUCUCCUGCAGCCGUAUUCUCUCUCCAGCAGGGGAUGCCUGCCCUGAGUACAUCCACCCCCUGACUGGGGAGAUGAGGAGAACAGGGGACCAUCCCUGACAGCCCUGCAGCCCAGCCCAGACACAUGAGAUCUCCACAGACGUCUAGCCCCAUUUACCAUCCUGGAGAGAGAGCUCAGUGGGGGAUACCUGUACCCUAUCCAGUGCCCUGUCUACCCUGCCUUGCCCCUUUGGGGGUUCUCAGACAUACAGUGCAGGCACCUGGUGACCCCCCACAUAUCAUGCAGGCACCCACCAGUCAGGGUAUAGGGGGACAAGCUUUGAGGACACUUCAACUCUGGCUGUCUCAGACACAGCAUCCUUAAAUAACCCCCCCACCCCCCCAAACCUUUCCCCCACAACAGCCCUUGUGCACUCUGCAUCACCAGCUCUACCAGAGCCCUCUCUGCCAGCUUUGCAGCCUUAGAUCUGUGCCCAGCCUGUGGAUGCAGUGAGGGGAGCCUGUCUGGGAGCAAGCGGCCCGUGUCUCACCCCAGCUGCCCUGUGGCCGUGGGCAGGCGAGUGCCAGAGAGGGGGACUAGGAUGCUGUGUGGAGCUGCUGUGAGUUGCUACAGUAGGAGCUGAAUGAUGGGGCUGGGACGUGUGCUACGUGCAGGGGACAUGCUGCUGACACUGACAUGGAUAGAGUGCAUCAGCUGGGGCAGCCCGUAAAGAGUGAAGGGAAGCCACCCAGCCAGGAGCUGGUGAAGCCUAGAGCUGUGCCCGCUCUGCAGUGUGCCAGGAUGGGGGUAGAGGGCUUCCCGCAGAUCCCUGUGACAGCAUGUCACCCACCCUCAGAUAUCCACUCUACCAUCAACCCGCUGAGCGCAGGCAACAGGUGCCACCUUCACCCGUCAUCCCUGCAGAACAAUGCAAGUGCGGAGCAUCUGUCUGCUAAUGCAGAAGAGGAAUCCCUGUUGGCAUGCACCGUGGCACCUGUUAGGGCACACAUUUUAGCACAUGGAGAAAAGUCAUUCGUGAGGACGGGGAUGACCGGCAUCCGGGAGAUAGCAGGCUCUUUUUCUAGGGAUGUGCCAGGCAAUGCCCCUUGCCAAGAAAUGCUGUUGUCUAUCAAUGGAAGAGGAGAUGGCUUGCCCGGUAAAAGAAAAUGGUCUGGGAAUGGGUUGGCAGAAAGUGGAGUUGCAGUCAUGGCAUCAGAAAGUGGACCUUCUGUAUUCCCUCCCAUGGAGGGCAAGAGAUGGAAAUCUGAAGUACACAUGGAUGCUCCCCAGCCUCGGCAAGAGCAUAGCUGUGGAAUGGGGGGACCCCUUGGCACCACACCUCCAACAAACAAUAGCUUAGUGAUCGCCCCCCAAAAAAUGGCUAUAGACUACAUUGUCCCAUGUAUGAUGUACUAUGGCAUUUGUGUCAAGGACCACUUUUUAGGAGAAACUUUGGGUUCCCAGGUCCUAAGUGAGGUGGAGUUCCUCAACCGCAGUGGGAAGUUUAGGGAUGGACAACUUGUCAGCCAGAGGACCAUACCCUCCAAAAACAUUCGGGGGGACCAGAUUGCCUGGGUGGAAGGGAAGGAGUCUGGCUGUGAAAGUAUUGGGACCUUUAUGUCCAGGAUAGACGAGGUCAUUAUGCACUGCAGCGGGAAACUGGGCAACUACAUCAUCAAUGGCCGCACUAAGGCAAUGGUGGCUUGCUAUCCUGGCAAUGGGAUGGGAUAUGUACGACAUGUGGAUAACCCAAACAGAGAUGGACGCUGCUUAACUUGCAUAUACUACCUAAAUCAAAACUGGGACACCAAGGUCCAUGGUGGGCUCCUACAAAUCUUCCCAGAAGGCCGUUCCGUUGUCGCCAAUAUUGAGCCAUUAUUUGACCGGUUAUUGAUAUUCUGGUCCGAUCGCCGUAAUCCUCAUGAAGUAAAACCAGCCUAUGCCAUGCGGUAUGCAAUCACCGUCUGGUAUUUUGAUGCAAAGGAACGAUCAGAGGCCAAAGACAAAUACAGACUAGCCAGCGGACAGAAGGGAGUCCAUGUUCCAGUUUCCCCACCUGGUGCAGUGUGACAGGGGGUAAUAAGCCUCCUAGCGAUCAUUCUGUGGGGGUCCCUGCUGAAUUGAAGCUGCUAUUACCCGUACUAGGGCUGGAAGUUGGGCGCUGAAUAAAGCGUGAAGUUUUCCUACAGUUGUGGGGAGAUCGUGGCUAUUUAAUCUUGUUGCCGGCUUCGGGAUCGCCUGCUGAAGCCCAUUUUGAAAUGUGAAUCUAGACCAAGACCAGUAGAUGAUUGCACAGGAGUGUGGCACCUGCUUCUGCAGGCUGUUGUACUGGCUCAGACUUUAACAAUUGCUGAAUGUUCACUCAGACAUUGCACAUACAGUAUACAGAGCGUGGGGACUGGAGGUAAAGGAUUGGGGGUCUGUGUAGUGAUUGUCCUUUUUGUCCUGCAAUGAUGGGACAGAGAGGGCAAGGGAUGGAAGAUGAAAGACCAGCAGAGGUGGGAUGAGCUGAGGGAGGACAGUGGGAUGGUGUACAGGAGCUACAGGGAAUGUCUGUGUCAUUUAUAAAGGGGUCAGUAGGCUGAUUAGGAGAAGGUGAGAGGUAUAUCCUACUGUAGGCACACCAAACAGCCACUCUUGGCUUGCCAGGUCGCAUGAGAUUCUUCUAGCAUCUGGCGUUUUAUUGCCAUAAAUGUGUCUUAGUCAUGACGAGUUCGAACAAGGAGACUCUGCUGAUCCUAGCUGCGCAAUGCAUUUUUGGCAACAAAAGACGCCCGACGUUAGCCGAGUUGCGUAGGACCUGGCGGCUCACUCACGCCGGGCGUAUCGUGCUGCGUGGCGUAUUGAGGCUAAAUAUAUGAGGACACAUCUGUAGUUUAGAAAUGAAGGUACAAGGAGGAUGAAUGGGGGAGGGGGGGGGAGCAUAUAGGAAAUCAUGACAGGGGUAGGAGCAGAUGAGAGGGGGUGAAAAGACAUCACAGGACAGUAUGAUUGAGUGAGAAACUCAUGCUCUGCCUCCAGCUGCUGCAGGUGUAGCCCAGACUCUGGCAGUGAGAGGGUUAAUGUGUGGAGAAUUCACACAACUUUUUAUGUGUUCUCCUCUUUAUGGUUAGUCCGUAACAGACUGGGGUGGAGGCAGAUGUUUGUAUGGAAGAAAGAAAAACGAUUUAUAAUGUUAGAGCUGCAAUAAAAAUUACCUCAUUAAAUUGUG